AUGCUGCACACCGACUCUGCGGCUCUGCGGCACGAGCUCAUCGACACCCCAGCCGUCCUGGCUGCCGGGAGCCUCGCCCUGUCGGCGUUCAUGUCGUGCCUGUUAUUCGACACGCUGGACUGGAGACCUAUUUUAAUCUGUAUACUGUCAGAUUACAUCGCGAUCGGGCUGGACCACUACCUUGAACUCGUCGACAUCGCUAGCACGCGUGGCACUGUUGGCCACACCACGAUCGUCUUCCAGGUCGCUAAAGCGUUGCUCGUCAUCUCAACACUCCUUCUUUCCGCUGUACUUUUCUUCUGUCCUCCGAGGACAUGGCUCGUCGUUGCAGUAUGCUUCGGACCAGCAUUUGUGUGGGAUAUCGACGUCUCCUACUACGUGAAGGCGUUUCUUCCCGGCGGCAAGUCCGCCCGUGGGGUUGGCUGCGAGGAAGACAACGUGAAGCCGGCUGCCCAGAAGGUAUGGAGCGUCAAGCGAAUACCUGGGCUUAAAGCGCUGCUCAUUGGUGUCAUCCGAGUGUAUGGGACAUAUGCAAUUGUGUCCUCCUGCUCCAACUCGAGGGCUCUCGCAACCAACGCUCACUUCGUCCGUUGGGUACCCUGGCAGUUCUUCUUGUGGUCUGUCGUUGACCGGACAUGUCACGCUGUCAUGGAAGACGUCCGAGACUAUCCAGACGACUUGAAGAGCGGAGUACCCACAAUCCCCGUUCUUUUGCGUUCCAUACCGAAGUCGAAAUUGGUGCUCUCUGUCGUCCAUGUGGUGGGUCUCGCCGUGUAUCACCAUAAUCACUAUAUUAUAUUGUCCGCGGCAUAUGCGAUAGCGUUCGUUUGGCUCUUAGAUCACACUAGCUCACGCUCCCUCUAUCAUCUCAGUUACCAUUCACAGACGAUUGCCUUCGCGGCUUACGGUCUUCACCAACUCUAUACAUCACACCCGUGGUUGACCUUCCCUGUUACCCAGUAG